AUGACGCUCAAGGCGAGCGGGGGCGAGGGCGGGGGCAGCAUGCGCACCGCGCUCUCCGACCUCUACCUGGAGCACUUGCUGCAGAAGCGCAGCCGGCCCGAGGCCGUGAAACACCAAUUGAAUGCCGUGACCGAGGACAUGUAUACCGAUGGGCCUGCUGCCCCGGGUAGCCCUACCCAGGGUAAGGGACAGGAGGUGCGGAAGGUGCGACUCAUCCAGUUCGAGAAGGUCACCGAGGAGCCUAUGGGAAUCACUCUGAAGCUGAAUGAAAAGCAGUCCUGUACGGUGGCGAGGAUUCUUCAUGGCGGCAUGAUUCACAGACAAGGUUCCCUUCACGUGGGGGAUGAGAUCCUAGAAAUCAAUGGUACAAACGUGACCAAUCACUCGGUAGAUCAGCUGCAGAAGGCGAUGAAAGAAACCAAAGGAAUCAUCUCAUUAAAAGUAAUUCCCAACCAGCAAAACCGUCUUCCUGCAUUACAGAUGUUCAUGCGAGCGCAGUUUGACUAUGACCCCAAAAAGGACAACCUGAUUCCUUGCAAGGAGGCGGGACUGAAGUUUACCACAGGGGACAUUAUCCAGAUCAUCAACAAGGACGACAGUAACUGGUGGCAAGGGCGCGUGGAAGGCUCUUCCAAGGAGUCAGCAGGCCUGAUCCCGUCCCCUGAGCUGCAGGAAUGGAGGGUGGCGAGUAUGGCUCAGUCUGCUCCCAGCGAAGCCCCAAGCUGCAGCCCCUUCGGGAAGAAGAAGAAGUACAAAGACAAGUACCUGGCCAAGCACAGCGCAAUUUUUGACCAGUUGGAUGUCAUCUCCUACGAGGAAGUGGUUCGGCUCCCUGCGUUCAAAAGGAAGACCCUGGUGCUGAUCGGAGCCAGUGGGGUAGGUCGCAGCCAUAUUAAGAACGCCCUGCUCAGCCAGAACCCGGAGAAGUUUGAGUACCCAGCCCCGUAUACCACACGGCCGCCCAAGAAGAACGAGGAGGAUGGGAAGGAGUACCACUUCAUCUCCACGGAGGAGAUGAGCAGGAGCAUCUCUGCCAACGAGUUCUUGGAGUUCGGCAGCUACCAGGGCAACAUGUUCGGCACCAAGUUUGAAACGGUGCACCGGAUCCACGAGCAGAACAAGAUCGCCAUCCUGGACAUUGAGCCGCAGACUCUCAAGAUUGUCCGGACAGCAGAACUGUCACCUUUCAUUGUGUUUAUCGCACCCACUGACCAGGGCACUCAGACGGAAGCCCUGCAGCAGCUGCAGAAGGACUCGGAGGCCAUCCGCAGCCAGUACGCUCACUACUUUGACCUCUCCCUGGUCAACAAUGGCGUGGAUGAAAUCCUUAAGAAACUGCAAGAAGCCUUCGACCAAGCGUGCCGAUCUCCACAGUGGGUGCCGGUCUCCUGGGUUUACUAA